AUGAUCGGAGAUGUCGCCCCGCCGGUAGUUUCAAUCCCAGUUGUUGAAGGGAAUGAAGAAGUGAGGAAGCGGAAGAAUCUGCUUCCGCCGUUGUCAAUGGUGGCGUCUCAUUUUGGUACGAGCGGAAUGUCCGURGCGUUGGCCACCGGCGUGACUCAUCCUCUCGAUGUACUGAAAGUAAGAUUGCAGAUGCAGCAUGUCGGCCAUAAAGGCCCUUUAAUUGGAAUGACUGGAACCUUUCUUCAACUAAUAAGGAAUGAAGGGCCUAGGUCUUUAUACUUGGGAUUGACUCCUGCUCUCACUAGGUCAGUGCUUUAUGGAGGUCUCAGACUGGGAUUAUARGAACCCACCAAGUUCUGUUUCGAUUGGGCAUUUGGAUCUUCCAAUAUCUUGGUCAAGAUAGCAUCAGGGGCAUUCYCUGGAGCGUUUUCCACCGGACUAACCAAUCCGGUUGAAGUUGUGAAGGUAAGGUUGCAGAUGAAUCCAAACGCAGCUCCCAUUGCAGAAAUGCGGGAAAUAGUCUCUAAAGAAGGCAUAGGAGCAUUAUGGAAAGGAGUUGGUCCUGCCAUGGUUAGAGCUGCAGCACUGACUGCCUCGCAGCUUGCAACAUACGACGAAACUAAACGGAUUCUGGUUAAACAAACUUCUUUAGAAGAAGGGUUUCAUCUUCAUUUGUGCWCAAGUAUGGUUGCAGGUGUAGUAAGCACGCUGAUAACUGCGCCCAUGGACAUGAUUAAAACUCGCUUGAUGUUGCAGCAAGGCUCCGAAAGCUCCCGAAUCUACAGAAACGGGUUUCAUUGCGGUUACAAGGUUGUUCGCAAAGAAGGUCCUUUGGCACUUUACAAAGGAGGAUUUGCGAUUUUCGCAAGGCUCGGACCACAAACAAUGAUCACGUUCAUACUCUGUGAGAAGCUAAGAUCACUCGCUGGACUUCACACAAUGUAG